CGGGUGCUGAGAUUAGCCCCGUAGCAAAUUACAAGCACAGGGCACAGCGUUCGCAACUGUUAAUCAUUCCAGUUGGAGUGGGAGAGCCGACGAAAUAAAUGGAGGAGCACAAAACGCUUGUCAAGGACGUGUUUGGCGAAUCAUCGGACAGCGACGACGAAGAAGAACAACAGCUUCAGUCUAAAGAUUCAAGUAAUGUAGAUCCAUCUGAAUCAAUCUUCGGUGAAAGCCCCAACUGGGAACGAAUCGAAGAAAUCAAUGGCUUAUGGUUGUGCAGAGACUUUCUCUCUCAUGAUCAACAGUCUUUGUUGCUAUCCGAAAUCGAAGAAGAAGGAUGGCUCGUUGAAGCGUCUCACAAUCAGGCUAUGAGGUUUGGCAAUCUUCCGGUGUGGGCAAUUAAACUUUCUAACUCUAUUCGUGAGGUGGUUCUUCUCAGUGGUUAUGUUCUUGACUCCAUGGACAAUUCAAAUUGUAAUGAGGAUAAAGAAGUCUGUCUCUUCCCAUCAGAUUUAAUAUGGAGAGAGCCUCUCUUUAAUCAACUGAUAGUAAACAUAUAUCAACCAGGGAAUUUGUGCACAUGUUGAUCUUAUGCGCUUUGAAGAUGGAAUUGCCAUUGUCUCUCUGGAGUCGUCCUGUGUGAUGCAUUUUAGCAGAGUUGAAGGAGGAGCUUUGGAUAUUGGAAAGGAAUAUGAGAUGGGUUUGCCCUUGACAAAGAUUCCUGUAUAUAUGACCCCGGGAUCUCUAGUCCUAAUGUGGGGAGAAGCACGUUACCUCUGGAAGCAUGAGAUAAACCGCAAGCCAGGGUUUCAGAAAUGGGAAGGGAAAGAUAUAGAUCAGAAAAGGAGAACCUCCAUAACAUUGAGGAAGCUCUGCCCGACUGGGUAAUGACUAUAGGGAAAAUUCUCUUGCAGCGUUUACUAGCUGUUGAGUAUAUUUCUGGCAGUAUAUGUCAAUAGAGUUAAUGUUGUUUUGAUAUGUUGCUGUUGAAUUCUCAUAUAUUCCAGAGGUUUGCGAUAUUAAAAUGACCUUUGCCUUUUGCAAAUACAUUGCCAAGGGUAUUCAGAUACAUAUUAUACUUUCUUGGUGGUAAAAGUAAUUCAGGACGUUUUGCUUCUC